AAUCAUAAAAAUUUUUGGCAUUAAAAACUGGCCAUUCUUCAAACCGUUGCGUUAAACGUGAACAUGGAACACCACUAGCAAGUCACGUGACCAGCUUGCGUUUGAGAGCGCAUCACAGCUGCUUGUAAAUAGAGGCUGUAAAUAUAAUUAUAGCAGAUAAAGAUGAGUUUGGGAGCACGCGCCACCAAGGGUGGUGCGAAGGGGAAGGACAAAGCCCAGGACAAGGCCAAGGGCGUCGACAAACCACCGGCCAAGGAGAAGGUCAAACAACAGCUACAGGCAACCACAGAACAGAUGCGUAUGGCAAACAUGAUCGACCGCAAAAGUGACGACUCCACGGACGUCCGAAGAAUGGUGCUAGAGCUGAUGGAGAUGACAUGUCGCACCGAGGAGGAGGUGUGUUCGGCGCUGCACGACUCGGACAACGACAUGGUCGCCGCCUGUAACCUACUGCUGGAGGAGAGUCAGCGAAUACAGGGUGAAUGGCAGACAAAUGAAAAGAAGAAGAAAAAGCCACCCGCCGCCGCCGGCAACGGCGAGCCCGAGCCCCCGCGCGAGCGAGAGGCGCGCGAGCCGAGAGAACGAUCUGGCGCGCCGCGGCCACGUCGCGGCGAGGCGGAGGCUCGCGGGCGGGGCCGCGGCGCGGCGCGAGGCCGAGCGCGCGGCGCGCGGCGCGGCGCGCCCGGCCGCCCGCGCCCACCGCGCCAAGACCAAGGCGAGCGCGGCGAGCACGUACGAGGACGGCGUCGUCCCCGUGGCCUCGGAGAAGUCUUCUCCGAGGCCACGGGGACGACGCCAUCCGAAACGUCGGAGCCUGACAUCACUUACAUGCCCCCAUUGCCACCCCCAAUAACAGAUUAUUCACUUGCAGGCAACAACAUGGCAGACUCAUUCCCCAGCGCGGAAGACUGGGACAACGAGGAGUGGUCAGGAUCUCUGUCGGACACCAAGGUGUUCACGCCCAGCACCGCGACAGGCGGCGACGACGCGCCCGCACCUGUCACCACGCGCGGAAGACUGGGACAACGAGGAGUGGUCAGGAUCUCUGUCGGAAACCAAGGUGUUCACGCCCAGCACCGCGACCGGCGGCGACGACGCGCCCGCACCUGUCACCACGGUAACUUUUAUUCAGUUGUAAGCAACAACAUAGCAGACUCAUUCCCCAGCGCGGAAGACUGGGACAACGAGGAGUGGUCAGGAUCUCUGUCGGACACCAAGGUGUUCACGCCCAGCACCGCGACCGGCGGCGACGACGCGCCCGCACCUGUCACCACGCGCGGAAGACUGGGACAACGAGGAGUGGUCAGGAUCUCUGUCGGACACCAAGGUGUUCACGCCCAGCACCGCGACCGGCGGCGACGACGCGCCCGCACCUGUCACCACGGUAACUUUUAUUCAGUUGUAAGCAACAACAUAGCAGACUCAUUCCCCAGCGCGGAAGACUGGGACAACGAGGAGUGGUCAGGAUCUUUGUCGGACACCAAGGUGUUCACGCCCAGCACCGCGACCGGCGGCGACAACGCGCCCGCACCUGUCACCACGCAGGAGGAGUGUUGGGACACGCCCGCGGCGAACGGCGCCGAGCACAUUCCCAGCUACAGCUACAGUCGCCUGCCAGAGCCUAGGGCGCCCGUGUUGCAGCCGACGAUCAGCCCGGCGGCGCACGCGCACGCGCACGCGGCGCCCAGCGCGUCGCCCGCGCCCGCCGCGCCGCCCGCCGAGCCGCAGCCGCAGCCGCAGCCGCAGCCGCCCCGCCACCAGCCAAUGGGUAUGUCGGGGUCGCUGUCCGCGGCGCAGUCGCAGUACCUGUCUCAACUCACUCAGCAAUCGCAACGGCAUGACAACAGUGUAUAUUCGUCAAAUUAUGGUGUUUACGGUUCUUCAGACAUCACGAGUCAAAGGAAACCACAACGGGCGAGGGUGCCUCCUCCUUCCAAGAUCCCUUCAUCGGCGGUGGAGAUGCCGGGCGGCGAGGGCGGCGCCAUGUUCCUGGACGUGCAGUUCGGCGCGCUGGAGCCCGACCUCACCGAGCCCGCGCCGCCGCCGCACCCGCCCCAGCCCGCGCCGCCCCAGGCCGCCCCGCCCGCCGCCCAGCCCGCGCAACCGCCCAAGCCGCUCCCCACGGCCGUGACGGCGGCGCCCGAGCCGGCGCCGGCGCCCGCGCACGAGCCGGCGCCCGAGCCCAGCGUCACGUACGCCAACACCAACAGUAUGUUACCGGAGAGUUUAGCGCCAGAACCAGUCCCCGCACCGGCAGAACCUGCCCCGCCACAGCCUAACAGUCUAGAGAAGCAGCUAACGGCAGCGAUGAAGCAGCUGGCCGUGUCCGCGGGCGACGCGCCGCAGGCCGCGCCGCAGCUGCACCGACACAAGGCUAUGGGCCAGCAGAACGUGUACGCACACCACGCCGCGGCGGCGCACCACCCACCAGUAUACGGAGCCAACGUCUAUGCGCCACAGGCAAGCUCAACAAACGCGUCGCUAACGACCGGCAUGUCGGCGCCGGCGUACGGCUCCGCGGCCGCGCUCACACAGUACCAGCCGAUGAUCAACUCCUACCAGACGUCAUCGUCAGCGGGAGUGUACGCGGGCAGUGCGCUAUACACGUACCAGCCCAGUCAACAGGCCAAACUACCCACUAAGGACAACACGCCACAGUAUGACAACUCCGUAGCAUCUAAUAGCAAUAGUUUAACAAGCACGUCAACGACACAGAGCUCAACCGCCAAAGUACCCACAACCACAGUAAGCGCAGGCGCGAACGCGGGUGCCAACGCGGCGAACGCGGGCGUCACGGGUGCCGGCGCCAACGCGGGCUACGGCGCCGCGCUGUACGGCGGCGUGCAGCCCACCGGCUACCACUACGACGAGGCGCAGCUCAUCACCAGGACGCUACCCCACCACAUGGUAUGUACAGUACAGGGUGGCGAAGUGGCGAACGCGGGCGUCACGUGUGCCGGCGCCAACGCGGGCUACGGCACCGCGCUGUACGGCGGCGUGCAGCCCACCGGCUACCACUACGACGAGGCGCAGCUCAUCACCAGGACGCUACCCCACCACAUGGUAUGUACAGUACAGGGUGGCGAAGUGGCGAACGCGGGCGUCACGUGUGCCGGCGCCAACGCGGGCUACGGCACCGCGCUGGACGGCGGCGUGCAGCCUACCGGCUACCACUACGACGAGGCGCAGCUCAUCACCAGGACGCUACCCCACCACAUGGUAUGUACAGUACAGGGUGGCGAAGUAGCGAACGCGGGCGUCACGUGUGCCGGCGCCAACGCGGGCUACGGCACCGCGCUGUACGGCGGCGUGCAGCCCACCGGCUACCACUACGACGAGGCGCAGCUCAUCACCAGGACGCUACCCCACCACAUGGUAUGUACAGUACAGGGUGGCGAAGUGGCGAACGCGGGCGUCACGUGUGCCGGCGCCAACGCGGGCUACGGCGCCGCGCUGUACGGCGGCGUGCAGCCCACCGGCUACCACUACGACGAGGCGCAGCUCAUCACCAGGACGCUACCCCACCACAUGGGUGGAUACUACGAGGUGGGAUACGGCGUAGGAGGCGCGCGGGAGGGCACGUUCGGACUGGGCCCUACAGACAGGUUCACGCGGACCGACGCUGCCUCACCGCAACAAGUCAGCCAGGUCCCCGCAGCGUUACCGCCCGGCUAUGCGUACUUCUACCAACCUCCCCCCACGACGUACCAAUAUGGAGUUUACCCCACGUACGGCGGCGGGUCAAACGUUGGUGGUGUGGGCGGCGUCGGUGGCGUAGGCUCCGUGUCCGGUGCCGUGUCCGGCGGCGGCAAGGUGUCCAGCUACUCGCAGCAGCAGCCACCGUACGACCAGGACUCUUACAAACCUGGAGGCGGCUACAACGCGAGCGGGAACAAGGCCGCAGCGGGCGCACCGCCCGAGCUAGCGUCCGCCAUGUACGCCAAACCCCACGUCGCGCUCAACAAAGUCAAUAGCUACGACAAGGCGGCGUUCCACAGCGGCACGCCGCCGCCCUUCGGCGCCGGCUCGCACCUCUACAUCCCCGCGCCGCACUCCGCGCACCAUCCCCACCACCACCAGCACCAGAUGGAUGUACGGGUGAACAGUAGUCAUAAUAGGCGGGAGAGCGGAGCGGCGCGCGCGGCGGCGGCCAAGCCGGCCGCCAGCAAGCCCAGCUACUCGCAGUCCUACUGGGCGCCCAACUAGCUGCACGCCCUAGCGACCGUGUCUCCGGGCACCUGUAAAUAGUCGCCACAUCGUGGGCGCUCCUCCAAACAAAACUGAUUAAUGUAAAAUACGCAAGGAAUUUGAAUGACCUAUGUUAAUAUUUCGUUCACACCGGCGCCGGCCGCAGGUCAUCGCCCGAUAGGAUAUUGUUUAAAUUUAACUGUAGAACUAUGUAUAUCUUAUCUUUGUAAUAUGUAUAUGUAUGUAAGCGUUUGGUACGCUAUGCGCACCGAAUCUUUUUGUAUUUAGUUGACAGAGUUUUUGUAAUUACAUAUUAUAGUUGAAUAAACGUUCAGCGAUCUAUAAAGUAACGUAACUACCGUAGUCGAGGUCUUUUUUAUGUGAAAGAAUGCAAUGUGUUGAUCUCGCGGGCAUUUGAAAGUAUGAGGGAAUUACACGUAUUGGAACUUGA